ACUCGACUUCUUAAAAUCGCUAUAAAAAGACAAGGCCGUGAAAACUAUCAUGUUUUCCGUAAGGACAAGGAGAAUGAAAGCACGCAAUUAUCAUUGAAAGUACCAUCAAUACAAGUACUGGAGAGCGCAUAAUGUGGACACUAUUUUUGCUUUCCCUGAUUGUUGCAGGAUGUUCUUCAAUUCCAAGGCAUGUCAUCAUGGCUCCCGAUGUAUUCGACAUUGGGGUACCGCAGAAGAUCCAUGUUGCAUUAUUUGACGUGACAUCUCCGCAUGAUGUUGAAGUAGCACUACGUUUACCAUCCUCAUCUAAAGUGAUUUCUUCAGAUCACGCUUUGAUCUCUGCAGGUGACCCCAAACUUCUAACAGUUAAGAUCAACCCAGAGUACAUAUUAGAUAGAGGAGAUCAAAAGCAAAAGUAUAUCCACCUGUUUGCAAAAUGCAAAGGACCCCAGUUACGCUUCUACAGUAACGCAAAAGUUCGUCUGAGUUACCAAGAUGGCAUCCUUCUUAUCCAGACAGACAAGCCAAUCUAUACUCCAGAAGAAAAUGUAAGACUACAUGUUAUCCCUCUGGGAAUGGAUUUGAAGCCAAGUACGAMGAAGGUCAAAUUUAUCGUCAAGAAUCCACAAGGCAUCGCAGUGCAACAGUGGCAGGGCCUGGUUAACAAAUCUGGAUUCAUUCACAAAUUCAUCUAUCUUGGUCAUCCUGCAAUGACCGGAAAUUGGACAAUGGAUGCUUACUACGGACAUCUCCUUUCCAACAAAGUAUCAGUCAAGUUUGGAGUACAGGAAUAUAUUCUGCCAACGUUCUCCGUCAUGGUUAAAGGUCCACGCUACAUAUUACCUACCGAUACCUAUUUUAAUGUGUCUGGCAAAGCCCAAUAUGGCUAUGGGAAAAAAGUGGCGGGAAAGGUUGCUGUCCGACUGUCCAUUUUAGGACUCCAGAAAGAUCCUUUGUCUGUUAUGACAUAUAGAACACUGUUCCAUGAGAGUUCAUUUACAUUUCCAGUUGAAACAAAACACAUACAGAAUCUAUUGCAAGACAAGUGGUUUCCAGACGGUUGUCGUCUUCAAGUCGAGGCUGAUGUGACAGAGAAGUCGACAGGCAAAACAGAGAGAGCGGUGGAGAACUCGAUCUACUUCGUGACGACACCAUACCGUAUUGAGUACGUCAACACAGCGCGAUACUUUAAACCAGGAUUACCAUUUCCAAUAAAGGCCAAAGUUUCGUAUCCCAAUAAAGACAAUGCUGAUGGAAUUCCAGUGAAACUUUCGGUUAAAGCGUAUGGAACCUCAUUUAAAUCGAUACCAAAAGAAGGAAGAGCCACAACAAACGAUAAAGGCGUUAUCUCAUUCACUCUUCAUGUUCCGCGUCAAACUAGAAGGCUAAAUAUAAAGGUGGAAACGAAAUCGCAAACUUUUAAGACACAGAAUGCUUUAAAAAACUUCAUAGCAUUUGCUUCUGAAUCGACUGAGAUGAUACAAUUGCAACAAAUUAGACCUGCAAAGGUUGGGUCAACCAUUUUUUUUGACGCGAUCCUGACGGGUUUUAAUGUAAAUCAUUUGAAUUACAUGGUUGUAUCACUUGGGAAAAUUGUCCACAGUGCGACUUUAAAUAAAACGUUUGGUAUCACCAUCACGAUUUCCUUCAAAGUAUCACCAUUAAUGUCUCCAUCGGCUCGGCUCGUUGCCUAUUAUGUAAGCAAGAAUACAGGGAAAAUCGUUUCUGAUAGCAUUUUGCUGGAAGUAGAGGCUGAGCUUCCAAACCCGAUUUUUAUUGUCCCUUCACACCAGGAAACAGUUUACUUGCCAGGCAAUCCAUACGAUCUCAAAAUUGUGGGUACCGUUGGAACUACUGUUACACUAGUUGGUGUUGAUCAAACUGUCUACUAUCAAAGAAACGGCAAUAUCCUCUCUCCUGGAAUGGUUUUUAAACAGUUAAAAGAUUUUUCUAUUGAUGAAGAAACUAGUGGAAAAAAUGCGAAAGAUGUUUUCCAGAAUGCCCGCAUGGUUGUAAUUUCUCGUGAUAUGAUCGUAAACACAGCCACGAGAUCAGAAGGGAAUCGUGGAAGGCGGUCUAAAAGAUCAUUUGAAGAAUUAUUAGGACGCUUUGAAGAGGACCUCAUAGAAUCGCCAAUGAUUCGUCAGUAUUUUCCUAGAACGUGGUUCCUUGAAGAGACAACAAUAAGACAAAGUGCGAGAGUCGAAGACUGCAGAAAAAUACGACCAGAUUUUCAAGGCAAAUGUGGUUCAGCGGUCUUACCUGUUUCUUUACCGGAUACCAUGACAACAUGGGUGGUGCAGGCAAUAGGAGUGUCCAGUUCCGCUGGUUUUGGUAUCGCUAAGCCACUUCACAUCACAACCUUCAAAUCUUUCUUCAUUCAUCUUUCCAUGCCAUAUUCUGUACAACGAGGAGAGGAAAUUACCAUCUUGGCAACUCUUUUUAAUUACAAGAAAUAUGAUAUUUUGGUCUACUUAUAUCUCAAAGGAGACAAAAGCUUCUGCUCAGUGGCUCAACCAGGAAAAACAUCUAGAUUGACAUCCAGUAAGAUUAAAGUAAAAGCGGAAAGUUCAGUUUCCUAUGCUAUUAAUUUAUUGCCAAUCAAAUUUGGGGAGAUACCAAUUGAGGUGACGGCGAGAAGUUUUUACGGGGAUGACCGAAUCCUAAAGAAGCUUCUUGUAGUUCCUGAAGGGGAACAAAAAAGUUUAACACAGUCGCACGUUCUUGAUCCAAAAGAAUAUCUAAAAAAUCAAAGAAGGAAAAAUCAGUCUGAAGUGCUGCAUUUUCCCAGCAUAGAAACACACACGAAAGGUAUACAGAUGAACAAAAUAAAGCUAGAACUACCAAGGAACGCAAUCCCAACAUCUGUAAUUGCAAAGAUUUUCCUCAAAGGCAAAAUCACUGGAUUAUUUACUGACUUAAUUUUGGAAAACAUCGAAAAGCUCCUCAAGCUACCACAUGGUUCUGGUGUGUCGAACAUGGCGUUAAUAGGGCCUAAUGUCUACAUCCUUUACUAUCUUACCACGACAAAGCAGUUAACUAAUGAAACGGAGAAUAAAAAAUAUAGCUACAUUCAAGAAGGUUUUAAGCAUCAAAGAAAUUUUCGUGGAAAUGAUCAUUCUUAUUCUAUCGUUCGUCCUUCUAAUGCUGGGUCUUCUGGAAGCACAUGGUUAACUGCCUUCGUUGUUAAAACGUUUUGUCAAGCAAGGCAAUUAAAAAACACCGUUAUUGAUAAAAGUGAUUUGUGUUACUCUGUUAACUGGAUACUUGGGAGACAGAGAAAUGAUGGCGUAUAUACAGAGGGACGACGCGUUUCUUUGUUGAAUGGUGGUGUGUACACAAGUGAUGUCAGCUUCACAGCAGCUGUGGUUAUUGCACUAAAACAGUGUCAAUGUGGGGGAUUGAUAGAAGACGUAUCUCUCCAGCGUGCAACAACUUUUCUAGAGGGAAGAAUUCCAAAUAUAACUGAUACUUAUACCCUGGCAAUUACGACAUAUGCACUGACUCUAGCUAACAGCACCAAGCGAUUUAGAAGCAACGAAAUGCUAAUUGAGAAGGCGCGGUAUAAUUCAGCAACAUCCAGCCGAUACUGGGAGGCAGGCUCAAAGGCUCGUAACAUCGAGACCGCUGGUUACGCAUUGUUGGCUCAAGUUGCCUUGAACAGAUUGGAGUAUGCUGGUCCCAUUGUAGUCUGGUUAAAGAAACAGAGAACUUCCCUCGGGGAAUUUGUGCAAGCUGCAGACACGUGUAUUGCAUUGGAAUCCAUCGCAAAGUACAGCAAAGAAGUUGAGAAGGUUAAACUUGACUUGGAGAUAAAAAUAAAAAACAAACAUCGACUGAAUUUAUUAGAAGCUAAUGCUGUUUUACGAUCAGAAACUGACGUCUCCGAGUACUUAGGCAAGGAAAUUAAGAUUACCACUUCAGGCACUGGUGUUGCUCAAAUGACAGUUGAAGUGAGAUACAGUGUUCCUCAUGCGAAAGAAAGAUGCAACUAUCACUUAAAUCUGACAGUUGUACAUGGGCCAAACCAGUUUUUUUAUUCCACACCAUCAUUAAGCAGCAAGCACAAGAGAAAAGUUCGUCCAAGAAGAGCAGUUAAAGGAAGAAGAAAUAAAAAGAGAAAUAUGAAAACAAGGAGAAAAAAGAAGAAGAAUUUUCAGAAAAAGAAAAUAUCCUUACUCAAGAAACUUCCCACUCUAGAUGAACUUGCAUUGACCGUUUGCACACAAUAUAAAAAACCAGGACGUUCAGGGAUGACGGUCAUUGAAGUUGGUUGUUUAGCUGGAUAUAGGUCAAGCGAAGAAACUUUAAUGAAGCUGGCAAAUAAGGAAAAUGGCAGCAUUUCAAGAUACAGGUCAUCUGACAGAGCGGUUGAGUUUUUCGUGAAUGAGAUUGACAGUGUCAAGCCAUUUUGUAUUACAUUUAACAUGACUCGAGUCUUCGAUGUGGGGAUAAUCCAGCCUGUACCUAUCAAAGUCUAUGAUUAUUACGAGCCCGAUGCCAAGUGUACCCUUUUCUACAACCUGGGGGAUAAACAGAAGCCAGUUGGAAGCUGCAGGGGGGAAUAUUGCAGAUGUACACAAAAAUGGUGCCCUGAACCUGAUCCAGACAUUACAAAAAUCAGCCGGAAAAGGUUUAGGCACGUCUGUAGAAAUUAUGAUUUUGCUAUCAAGGGCCAAGUAGUAUACGUAGGUGAGGACAACAUGUGGUUAACGUAUUCCAUAAAGGUUACGCAAGUAAUUAACGGGAAAAAUGGCAUAAAAGUUAAAGAGACCAUUGAUGUUCGAAAAAGACAUUUCUGCAAUUAUCCUAGCGUUAAGCGACACCAAAUAGUUCUCUUCAUGGGGAAAAUGACACACGGCCAAUAUAUCUUUGAUUCUAACUCACUUGUCAAGGAAUUAUCUCAUCCUAGAGACAUAAGGGACGUGACUGAACUAGCACGGAGGAUUGGUAAAGGAAGGUGUAAACUAUGAAUUCAUGUUUGAAUUUAUGUUUACGUGUUUGCCUUAUGACGUGAAAUCGACCUGCUCUGGAUAAACUAGAGGUUGAAAACCAGUAAGAGUAAUCUUUAUAGUGAUUUGCGCAUUUCAAAAUUAUGCUUAGAACACAGAGCUUGCAUGCUUAAUGAUAAUUUAUAUUUCGAACAGCAAAUAAUAGGUGCUUGUUUUGAAAAA